CAUGGACACAUUACAAUUUCCAAUUUUGCUCCUAUGGAUGUGUUGCUGCAGAGCAGGCUGGGCACAGCAAAGUCUGCAGGACACACAAAGAGAAGAUGCCAAAGUGCUGACUUCCUGUGACUUUAACCAGGACAGUCACCCAUUCUGCAGCUUCAUACAGGACACCGCAGACAAAAGUGACUGGACCCGACAUAAAGGUCAAACACCAACAGAGGGAACCGGACCAAGCGGAGACUACCCUGAUGGAAAUGGAUUCUUUAUCUACCAUGAGUGUGACAAUGUGGCAAAUAGGCAGAAAGCUCGUCUGCUGAGCCCAGCCCUCUCAUCAUCGGCAUCUCAGAUCUGUGUCCAGUUUCGAUACUACAUGUACGGCUCAGAUGAUCGGAAUGUGUUAAGGGUUCUGGUCAAGAGCCUCAAUGAAGAGGAAGAGGUCUGGAAAAAAACUGGAAUCCAGAGUCCUUCUUGGCUGAAGGGCUCCAUCACUGUGCCCAAACCUGGUAGUCAGAGCGUCACUAUCGUAUUAGAAGCUCAGAGAGGCUUCUCCUCAUCCUGUGAUUCGGCUUUGGACAACAUUGUCAUAACUGAAGGAGCAUGUCCCUCUUGUGUUUCUGGCUGCGAUUUCGACUCUCUUGAUGACCUGUGUGGCUGGACAACACUAAAUGAGAAUAAUGAUGUGUUUGGCUUUGAGCAGUGGAUUGGACAAACCGACACUCCUGGCACCGGACCUGAUGAUGACUUCUCCAAACCUGGAACUGGUGCCUACAUGUUGAUGGAUUCUUUCGCGGCCAUCCCUAAAGUCAGUUCGCAGAUCAGAAGUCCUCUAUUGACCCCCAACUCAGGAUGUUUGGAACUCCUCUUCCACUACUACCUUUAUGGCACAAGCACCACCAUGCAGCUCAGUGUCCACACCAUCACCGAAAAUGGACACCUUGGACCAAGUCUUUUUACCAGGACGGGCAACCAGGGUCAAGGCUGGAAGCCUGCAGUAGUCCAAUACCUGGGAACUGCUGCUAUUCAGUUUGUAAUUGUGGGGACCUAUGGAGAAACUCCUGAGACAGAUAUUGCCAUUGAUGCAGUGUGUAUCAUGGCCUGCAAAGCUCAGCCAACAACUCCUCUUCCAACCGUAACAACUCCAGGACCAACUACGCCAAAACCUACAACUCCAGAACCAACUACAGCAAAACCAACAACUGUAGGACCAACUACACCUAAACCAACAACUCCAGGACUAACUACACCAAAACCAGCAACUCCUGGACCCACUACACCAAAACCAACAACUCCAGGACUAACUACGCCAAAAGCAACAACUCCAGGACUAACUACACCAAAACCAGAAACUCCUGGACCCACUACACCAAAACCAACAACUCCAGGGCCAACUUCACCUAAACCAACAACUCCAGGACUAACUACACCAAAACCAACAACUCCUGGACCCACUACGCACAAACCAACAACUCCAGGAAUAACUACACCUAAACCAACAACUCCAGGACUAACUACACCAAAACCAACAACUCUAGGGCCAACUACACCUAAACCAACAACUCCAGGACUAACUACACCAAAACCAGCAACUCCUGGACCCACUUCACCAAAACCAACAACUCCAGGGCCAACUACACCUAAACCAACAACUCCAGGACCAACUACACCAAAACCAGCAACUCCUGGACCCACUACACCAAAACCAACAACUCCAGGGCCAACUACACCUAAACCAACAACUCCAGGAAUAACUACACCAAAACCAGCAACUCCUGGACCCACUACACCAAAACCAACAACUCCAGGGUCAACUACAGCAAAACCAACAAUUCCAGGGCCAACUACACCAAAACCUACAACUCCAGGACCAAAUACACCAAAACCAACAACUCCAGGACCAACUACACAAAAACCAACAACUCCAGGACCAACUACACCAAAACCAACUACAAAGCCACCAAACCCAUGCCCACCUGAUGCAGAGUAUAUAGAAUGUGGCCCACCUUGUAUCCCCACUUGUAGUGAGCCCUCCACCAACUGUUCUGGAUCCUGUAUCAGCGGCUGCUUCUGCAAACCAGGGUUUGUCUUCAAGGGACGGCGCUGUGUGCCACUGGAGAAAUGUGGCUGUCUGGAUGACCAGAAUAACUACUAUGAGCCUGGCGAGAUCAUAUUUGGAGAUGGCUGCUCACAGCUGUGUCGCUGUGCAGGGAACUAUACUUUACAAUGUGUUGAUAACUCCUGUGACCCAAGUGAAGAGUGUCGCAACAUUGAUGGCGUUGCAAGCUGCUAUCCCAAAGCUACAUCCACAUGCAUUGCAUCUGGUGAUCCACACUACACCACAUUUGACAAAAGCAAGUACAACUUCAUGGGCAACUGCAGCUAUCUGAUGUCCAAACCCUGCAACAAAACAGCUCUGCCAUACUUUGAGGUCCAUGCUGACAAUGAAAAUCGCUAUAAUUCACCCACCAUCUCCUAUGUGAAGGCCGUACAUGUAUAUGUGUACAUGGUGAAGAUUUCCAUUCUCAAAGGGGGCACUGUGCAGGUGAAUGGGACCAAUGUAAAUCUGCCUCUGAGUCCGGCCGCUGGAGUGUCUGUGUUCAAGUCAGGAAAGCAUUACACUGUGUCCUUAAACUUUGGUGUGACCGUUCGCUAUGAUGGAAAUCACUUCAUGGACAUCAAAGUGAUCAAAGACUUUCAGAAUAAUCUGUGUGGACUGUGUGGAGAUUAUAAUGGAGAUGCCAAAGAUGACUUCCGUAAGCCAAAUGGAUUAUUGACCGACAAUGUCAAUUCCUUUGGACACAGCUGGAACAUUGACCCAGAGUGUAAUAAGGAACCCAACACCACAAUUCCAGGGUGUGAUGAAGAGCAGGAGCAAUAUGAGAGCUCUACAUACUGUGGCAUCCUGCUGGACGAAGACGGUCCUUUUGCUGUAUGCCACCCCAGAGUCAUCCCCAAUAGUUAUUUUAAAGACUGUGUCUUUGACCUGUGUGAGCUGGAUGGAGCCAAGCCCAUUCUGUGUGAAGCAAUUGAGGCCUACGUCAAUGAAUGCCAGGACCGGGGAGUGAACAUUGGACCCUGGAGGAAUGAAACCUUUUGUCCCCUGAGUUGCCCCCCCAACAGCCACUAUGAGCCCUGUGCAGACCCCUGUCAGGAGACGUGUUCUGGGAAGCCUCCGUCCUGUAAUGGGCACUGCUCUGAAGCCUGUGUGUGUGAUCCUGGCUAUGUCCUGAGUGCAGGAAAAUGUGUCAAAAAUAAUGCAUGUGGCUGCAAAGACACCAACGACCAGUACUAUGAGCCUGGAGAGGAGUUUUAUGUGGAGGACUGUACGCGGAGAUGUAGGUGUGAUGCUCCAAAUAUCACCUGUGUGACCUCUGAAUGCCCCCCAAUGAAUGAGUGUAAACUCCAAGAUGGCGAGUUGGGCUGCUAUCCCACUGGCUCUCAGGAUUGUGUAGUCUCUGGAGAUCCUCAUUACAACACAUUUGACAAGAAGUUCUACAGCUUUAUGGGAACAUGUACCUACACAUUGGCCAGAACAUGCAAGAACAAGACAGCUCCUUGGUUCUCAGUGGAGGGGAAGAAUGAAGCGAGAGGAUUGUCAAGUGUGUCGUACCUGAGGAAACUCUAUGUCACUGUGAAUGGAAUUACUGUGACACUGAUGAAGGCCAGAAAGACGCUGGUAAAUGGACGGCGGGUGGCCCUCCCUCACUCACCCUCCCCUCUCAUGACUAUCAGCCUUGCUGGUCAGUACAUCACCCUGCAGACACCCUUUGGUCUGCGGGUGCGUUGGGAUGGAAACCAUUACGCCCAGAUCUCAGUUCCUAGCUCCUACAAUGCCCAGAUGUGUGGUCUCUGUGGUGAUUACGAUGACAAUCCAGGCAAUGACUUCACCAAACCAGAUGGCACUCUGGAAGGAAAUGCCAAUGACUUCGGAAACAGCUGGCAGACUGAAGAGGAUGAGGAUGAAUCGUGUGUUCCAGGUACUAAACCUGACCCAGACUGUGAUCCAGAACUACAGGCUGAGGUAGUCAAACCAGACAAAUGUGGCAAAAUUAAAGACCCUGCUGGACCCUUUAGGGAGUGUAUCAGUGUGGUGGAUCCCACUCCAUUCUUCCAGAGCUGUGUGUAUGACAUGUGUCAGUUCAAUGGUCAGCAGCAUGUGUUGUGUGAUCAGCUCCAAGCCUACACUGAUGCCUGCCAGAACGCCGGUGCCAAAGUCUUCCCGUGGAGGACUCCAGACUUCUGCCCCCUGGACUGUCCUCCCAACAGCUCCUACUCCCUGUGUGUCAGUUCGUGUCCAGAGACGUGUCUGGGUGUGGUUGGACCUCCGGGCUGUGAGGGUGUGUGUGUCGAGGGCUGCCAGUGUAAACCAGGCUUUAUCCUCAGCAAUGACAAGUGUGUGGCACUGAAAGACUGUGGUUGUGUGGACACCAGUGGAACCUAUCACCCUGUGGAUGAUGACUGGUACGUAGAAGGUUGUGGGCAGAAGUGUGAAUGUCAAAGUGGAGGUUUCAUCCAGUGUCACAACAGCAGCUGUAAACCAACCACUGAGAGCUGCCAGCUACAAGAUGGAGAAUAUAAAUGCCUCCCUCAGGGAUUUGGUAUCUGCUCAGUAUCUGGAGAUCCUCACUACAUCACAUAUGACAAAUUCACCCACAAUUAUAUGGGAGCCUGCUCAUACACCUUGACCAAACCCUGCAACAUUUCCUCCAACUUACCAUACUUCACUGUGGACACCCAGAAUGAGCACAGAGGAAGUAAUAAGAGGGUCUCCUACGUCAGGGCUGUGGUCAUCAAUGUAAAUGGUGUGACUAUCAUCCUUGGCAAGGGCCGCACAGUCCAGGUCAAUGGCACAGUGGUUGUCCCACCUGUCAGUUCUAUCAGCGGUGUUAAAAUCUUUCUGAGUGGAAAGUUUGUUGUUCUGGAGACAGACUUUGGCCUGAGGGUGCGUUUCGACGGAAACCACCAUGCUGAUGUCACUGUGCCAAACUCCUACAAUGGCCUGCUCUGUGGCAUGUGCGGAAAUUUCAAUAAAAAUCCAAAGGAUGACAACUUGAAACCAGACAAUAAACCAGCUGCUAACACCAAUGAAUUGGGAGACAGCUGGCAAGUUCCUGACCUGCGGCCUGACUGCACUAAUGGAGGAGAACCUGAAGACUGUGAUAAAGAAGUAGAGGAGGAGGCCAAGAAGCCCACCAGCUGUGGCAUGAUCACUGAUCCAAAUGGUAUCUUUAAGCCUUGCCACUCUGUUGUGCCCCCAAGUCCAUACUUUGAAAACUGUGUGUAUGACUUGUGUGCGACUGGAGGUCAGACCGUGGCUCUGUGCCAGUCCAUAGAGAGCUAUGCUGAUAUGUGUGCUGCUGCAGGAGUCCCCAUCACAUGGAGAAACCAAACCUUCUGUCCUCUCAAGUGCCCCCCAAACAGUCAAUACAGCCCAUGUGGCCCUUCCUGUCCCCAGCCCAGCUGUCAGGACCUUGCAGGCCCCGGUGUCUCCUGCAACCAGCCCUGUGUGGAGGGAUGCAUCUGUAACAAAGAUUUUGUCCUCAGUGGAGACAAAUGUGUCCCACUCAGUGAUUGUGGAUGUACUGAAGACGAUGGACGGUACAGGCCGACGGGAGACACUUGGUUCACAGAGUUGGAUUGCUCAGAGCGCUGCAAGUGUAAUAUCAACAACAACAUCACCUGCGAGCCAUGGCAGUGCAGCCCUGCACAGGAGUGUAAAGUGAUGGAAGGAGUACUCGACUGUCACUCUACUGAUAAAGGAGUGUGCCAAGUGUCUGGAGAUCCUCACUACUACACCUUUGAUGGUGUGAUGCACACAUUCAUGGGCACCUGCACUUACACUCUGGUGGAGGUCUGUAACACCACCAACGUCACUCCCUUUAAAAUAGUAGCUAAGAAUGAGGAGCGUGGUCAGCCGGACGCCUCCUAUGUUCGCUCUGUCAAAGUCUAUCUGCCGGAUGAUACUGUGGUUGAACUGCAGAAGAGCCGCAGAGUUCUGCUGAACGGGCGCCGGGUACGCACCCCAGUUGCCACUAAAAUGGCCAAGGUGAUAAGCAGUGGGUCCUACAAUCUGCUGGACACAGACUUUGGUCUACAGGUGAAGUUUGAUGGAGUCCAUCACCUGGAGAUAACUGUUCCCGGAGAAUACUUCAACAAGCUUUGUGGCAUGUGUGGUAACUACAACCAAAAUUCCACUGAUGAAAACCUGAUGCCCAACAAGAAACCCAGCAAAGAUGUGAUUGAACUCGGCAACAGCUGGAAAUCAGAUGGAGACAGUGAUCCUGGCUGUCAGCCGGACACUCGUCCAGACAUCCACCCCAACUGCACUGCAGAUGAAGAGACACUUUUCGAGACUCAGUGUGCUGAGAUCAUCCUCUCUAAUGGCUUCAAGCCGUGCCAUUCUCUGGUGCCCCCUGCAGCUUUUCUGGGUAACUGCAUCUAUGACAUGUGUGAGUAUGACGGCAUGGAGGCAAUGCUCUGUGACAACGUGCAGGCAUAUGCUCAGGCCUGUCAGAGUGCUGGAGUCACCAUCAGCUGGAGGAACAAUACCUUCUGUCCCCUGCCUUGCCCGCCAAACAGCCACUACUCAGAUUGUACUGUCCCCUGCCCACCAACCUGCUCUGACCUCUUCCCCUUCGUCUGCCACCUACCUUCAACCACCUGUGUUGAAGGCUGCCAGUGUGACGCCGGAUAUGUGCUCAGUGACAACAAGUGUGUCCCUCUGGACAGAUGCGGCUGUCUGGACUCAGAUGGAGACUACCAUGACGUGGGAGACUCAUGGCUUACAGAUAAAUGUGCUGACUCAUGCAUCUGUAAGCCUGGUGGCAACAUCACCUGUAAGGUCCACAGCUGUAACUCCAACUCAGUGUGCGCCCUGGAUAAAUAUGGAGACCUAUCUUGCAAACCCAGCAGUUUCAACAAGUGUAGCAUCUCUGGGGAUCCUCACUACCGCACAUUUGAUGGUUUCACCCAUCACUUCCAAGGCCCCUACACCUACAUCCUGACUCAGGACCACAACCUCCACUCCUCUCUGUCACCCCUGGUGGUAAGGGGGAGGAACAUCAGACGCGGGGGCAACAGGAGGGUGUCAUUCCUGGAUCAGAUGUACAUUGAUGUUUACGGUGUCAAUGUUCGCUUCCUGCAGAAGAAGAAUGUCUUGGUGAACGGGGAGCGUGUUGUGCCUCCUUUCAGUCCAGUUGAUGGUUUGACUAUCACAAGGAACUCCAGGCAGGUCCAGCUUACCACUGUCUUUGGACUUACAGUACGCUUUGAUGGCAACAGUCGCGGAGAGGUCAUACUGCCCAGCACCUAUAAGAGCUCUGUCAGAGGCUUAUGUGGAAACUUCGAUGACAGCACCAGAAAUGAGUACAUGAAGCCAGAUGGGUCGGUGAUCAGGAACCUGAAUGAAUUCGGAGACAGCUGGAGAGUCAGUGACCGACAGGCUGAUGGACUUAGGAUACACGAUCUUCCUCAAACAGUCCAUGUCCAUAGGAGAGAGAUUGAGACUGAUCCAGACUCAGGAUUUGAGACAUCGGACUGCUCUCAGUCUCAGAUCAAUGAUUACAACAGUGUGGCUCAGUGUGGAGCACUGUCUAAUUCCAACGGACCGUUUGCUGCCUGCCAUGCCACCCUGCCACCCAAAUCCUUCCAGGAUGACUGUGUAUUUGACCUGUGUGCCGAGCAAGGUAGUACAGCGCUACGUUGUGCCAGUUAUGAGGCGUAUGCUGUAGCUUGUCAGGAAGAAGGUAUCAAACUGGGAUCCUGGAGGCAGCAGCUGGAAUGUGUUCUCUCAUGUAAUGCCAACAGCACCUAUUCCACCUGUAUGUCACCUUGCCCACCCUCCUGCGCCAACCUGGCAGCCCCUUCUGAGUGUGACACCACUUCCUGUGUGGAAGGGUGCGAGUGUGCCUGGGGCUUCGUCAUGAGUGAGGGAAUCUGUGUGCCGUACUCAGAGUGUGGCUGCACCUUCCUAAACAGAUACUAUCCUCUGAAGGAGACAUUUGUGACUGAGGAUUGUUCUCAGGUCUGUGAAUGCACCCCCACUGGCGCCGUGUGCCAAUCCAAGACCUGCCAGGACAGUGACGUCUGCACCAUUUAUGACUUCAAACGCGACUGCUACAGAGCGAGUCCCUGUCUCAAUUACCCCUGUCUGAAUGGAGGAACAUGUGAAGCAGGAAGCAACAACACAUACACCUGUCAGUGUGCAGAAAGCUUCCAGGGCUCAAAUUGUGAGGUGGAGAAAACACCGAAAGAAGGAGGACUGGGAACCACAGAGUUAAUCCUGAUUGGGGUUCUGGUCUCAGUCGCUAUAAUUAUUAUCAUGGUCACCAUUGCGUGUGUUUGUACUCGCCAAGCCAGGAAAAAGAAGUUAGAAAGGAAAAAACUCAGCAUCAAGACAAAUGUUCCAUAUACCAUGCAAACAAACAACGAAAGUAAUGAAAGAGUGACCUGUAUGUGAUGACAAACUGUUCAACUUGUUCACCUGAAUUUUAACUCCUGCUGUUUAGUCUCUUUGGAAGCUUUUUAAUUUGGUCUCUAAAGGAAAAUAUCAUAGAUAUCGUUCAUGUUGCUUUUUUCACAACUUGUGCUUUUGAAGAUGUAAUUUGGCUCAAAUGUGAACAUUUUAACAGAAAAGUAAGCGCCGUGUUAAUGUAUUGUAAGUUUUUUUAUCAAUGAAGUAUGAGGCGGUAAAGAAACUGCAGUUGUCUUUGUGAAAACACCUACAACACAUCCACAGCUCAAUUUUUGCAGCACAACACAUAACAGAGGUUUGUAGCCACACCUGCAUGUAACGUUUGGCACAGACAUUCCGACGGGAUGACUCUGAAUAACAGUGAUGAUCUUUUUUUUUGUAGGUAAACUUUUUUCGGGCACCAAAUACUUGAAAUGGAUAUCAGAGGGAAUCACAGGUCAGACAGAAAGAGACAAAAGUCAAGUUUGGUUUUAAGAAUGAAUUGAAACAUUUGCCAGACAGAUGUUAAAAUGUAGAAUGAAAGUUUUUGUUUUUUUUUACUUUAAAGAGUAACAAUAAGAAAACAUUAAAAUGCACUCUUUCUCUACCUGAUUGAGUUCUGCUCCAGAAAUUAAAUUAUUAGAGAGAUUAUUCCCAACAUUAUAUGCUAUUCUAAUACAAUCACUGAAGAAAUUGUUGAAAUUACAGUAAGAGUUAGUUCCGACAUGGCUGCUGUGUAGAAUAUAUUUCAUUCCCCUUUUGUAGAAUGGUACAAACAGCAAGUGGCUUGCUUUGAAAUUUCUAUUCUGGUUUAAAACCAGUACUUUGGUCCAUUACAAGGUGGGAAAUCUUCAUCACCUUCGAUCAUGUGUUUCCUACAAAGUUCAUUUUCUGAAAUCCAUUUGUAUACCCAAAUAAAACAUUGAAAGAAUUGACAAAG